UCCAUCACAUUAAUCAGUUCAUAGUUGAUAUGGGAGUCAGAAAGAUUUGUGGAAACAUAAAAAUUUGCUAAAAUUUUUGUUUGAAUUGAGCAAUGGAUAAAGACUCGGAUAGCACUGUAACAUCAUUAGAUGAGAAUACAGAGAACUUCUGCACUAAUCCUACCCGUGAUAUCUUAGCGGAAGGUAUCGUUAACUUAUUUAAACCCGCAGUGGAGAAAUUAGACGAGCACAUCCAAGCUACCCGCGCUUCUCAAAUAGAAUUAAAGAAGCAAUUAGACGCACUCUCAGUUCAGUUGGUGGAAAUAGAGAAGGCUCAGCAUAAUAUUCCUGAAUUUUCAAGCAAAGUUAAAGAGUUAAUUAACGUGAAACAUAAAGUCACUGUUAUAACAAAUAUUCUCAGCACAAGUCAGGAUCGUUUAACUGGCCUUUACCAGCUUAUUGAGAAGGAACAGCGGCGGAGGCAAGCUCUGCUGGAUUCAGCUAUAAACACAAAUAUACCUUAG